AUGGACUCUGUCGUGGACACCGCCGACGUCAACAAGGCGCUCGAUCUCUCGCACAUCCGGUUCCAAUUGAUCCGGUUGGAAGAUACCAUCACCUUCCACCUCAUCGAGCGGGUGCAAUUCGCCUUGAACAAGACCAUUUACGUCCCCGGCGCAAUCCAUAUCCCCAACAGCGACCUGAGCUUCUUCGAUUGGUACUUCUCCGAGCAGGAGAAGCUGCAGUCCCUGAUACGGCGCUACGAAUCGCCCGACGAGUAUCCAUUCUUCCCCGAAGCCGUUCAGAAGCCCAUUCUCAAGCCGCUCAACUACCCCAAGGUCCUGCACCCCAACGACGUCAAUGUCAACGCCAAGAUCAAGGCCUUCUACAUUGACAAGUUCCUGCCGGCCGUAUGCCCGGACUUUGGACGCGAGGAUCGCGGCGAGUCAGAGGAGAACUACGGCUCCACAGCGACGAGCGACUUUGCUUGCCUGCAGGCCCUGUCACGGCGCAUCCAUUUCGGCAAGUUUGUUGCCGAAUCCAAAUUCCGCUCGGACCCAGAAGAGUACACGCGCAUGAUCCGGGCCUCUGAUCGUGAGGGCAUCGCGGCUUCCAUCACAAACUCGGCUGUCGAGCAGACCAUUCUCGAACGGUUGCGGCUGAAGGGCCUGACUUACGGAACGGACCCCGGUGCUCCUGGCGGCACCGAGGGGCCGGUCAAGAUUAACGUUGACGCCCUUGUGUCCAUUUGA